AGACAAAUGCGUUGUCUAGUACAAGUGGUUUUGUAGGCAAGUUGUAUCAAUCAUGACGUCUAUUAAACAAACCGAGUGGCUUUUAUUAACCUCAUUUAUUAUACUCGUAUUUUACGCAAGAGACGUAAACAGCCUUCGAUGCCACCAUUGCACCAAUUGUAAUGCAACAAACAUGCAAACUGGAAAGUGUACUGUUAUAAUUACAUCGUCCACACUUACUACAACGUCAACUGUAGCUUCAUCUACGACGUCAUCUACAGUCACUAAUGGAACGGCAUCUUUACCGACAACUCUAUCUACAGUCACUAAUGGAUCAACAUCUUUACCGACAACUCCAUCUACAGCCACUAAUGGAUCAACAUCUUUACCGACAAUUCCAUCUACAGCCACUAAUGGAACAACAUUUUUACCGACAACUCCAUCUACAGCCACUAAUGGAACAACAUCUUUACCGACAACUCCAUCUACAGUCACUAAUGGAACAGCAUCUUUACCGACAACUCCAUCUACAGCCACUAAUGGAUCAACAUCUUUACCGACAAUUCCAUCUACAGCCACUAAUGGAACCACAUCUGUUGCCAACAAUCAAACAUCAUCAUUAACAACAGCUCCAACACCUGUUACCAAUUUAACAACAACCUUACCCACAUCAUCGGCCCCAAAUUCAGAACCAACUUUUACGACAAAUAUAAAACAACAAUUAAAGGAUAACUAUCAUGUGCUAAGAAUUAAAAGAGCUUUAGAAGAAGAGAGCAUUAAAGAAAAUUUAUUGAUGCACAACAACUGUGACUGCGACAAUGUAUGGACGCAAAUCUAAAGAAAUCAUAUGACAUUUUAUUUAUUAAAAUACUUUAAAAAAUCGUUAUUUUUUCAGGGACUUUGUUAUUGCGAUAAAGAAAGAUUCGUUUCUUUCGCUGCCAUAAACUACGUCUGUGUAACUGACAUUCAAAAAGGUAAUUUUUUUAAUAAUAUGUUUGCAAUUCUGAAUAAUAAACACACAUACACUCACGCACUAACACAACACAUACACAUAAUCACAUAUGUAUAUUUUUUGUAGACAACUUGUAUAAGAAUUUUAUUUGGGGUGGAAGACGCUGGCAGUUGUAUCACAGCUCAUACUUCUGCAGCUGUCAACGUUAUACCGUGUCAAAUUAAGUUAUAAAUUGUUAUUCUUUUGUAAUUUGGAAUGUAUAAGGAAUUGAAAUAAAUUGUAAUUAUUAUUAAUUCACUUUCGCAAUUCUAUUUUAUAUUACAUUGUUUAUUUACUGAUUUUUUUUUUCAUUAAAUAAACUUCAUCUUGGACUGUAUAACAGCUUUAUUCAUUUAUUUUACAGUUGAUGGUGUCGACGUAGUUAAUAAAGGAUGUGCUGUGAAAUUAAACACAACGUCUUAUACAUGUCAGGAAUCAGGAUACAGCUCGAAUUGUAAAAUUUGUGAAAAGGAUCUAUGCAAUCUAGCAGUUUCAUUGAAGUUAUCCUCUGCGUUAUUAAUAUCCGUAUUAUUUCUGUACUUUCAAUAAUUUUCAACAGUUAAUUUAGGACUAUCACUUUAUUUAUAUAUCAAUGCCAUGUGUUAAGCAAUAAAAGUAUUUGGUUUUGGUAAGAUUUUGAUAUUGUUAUAUAAAU